AUGGGGAGCGUGGCGUGGAAGCAGCUUCUUCUGAACGCUUUGGAAUCCAACGCUCACCUCAAGCACUCUACUUUCAUGCAACUCGCAACCAUAGGAACCAACGGAACACCUUCGAACCGCACUGUCGUUUUCAGAGGAUUCCAAGAUAAUACCGAUAACAUCCAAAUUAACACUGAUGCUCGCACUCGCAAGAUUGAAGAGCUCAAGCUUUGCUCCUCUGCUGAGAUAUGUUGGUAUUUCACAGAUUCCUGGGAGCAAUUUCGGAUAAAUGGAAAUGUAGAUAUCAUUGAUGGUUCGAAUACUGACCCGCUCAAACUUCAGCAAAGAGAAAAUUCUUGGUUUGCCAGUUCAUUGAGAUCAAGGUCGCAAUAUUUGUGCCCCAACCCUGGACUUCCCUGUCUAUAUGAGCAAGCUCAGCCCGAAUUAUCAUUAGAUCCUUCUACAGGUCCAAUUGAUGCUUUUUGCCUUCUGAUCGUAGAACCAGAUCAGGUUGAUUACUUGAAUCUGAAGAGUAACCAGAGGCUAACAUUCAAAUCAAGUGUGAGUGCUGCAGCAAAGAAAAGCUGGACUGUGGAGAGGGUCAACCCAUAA